AAAGUCACAUGAUAUGAAACAAUUAUAAACACUGGCAACUGAGUAACUAGACAAUCACUUUUCUUGUCCUACGCUCGCUUAGUUUAGCUAGUGGCCUCAAAGUUAGGACCUUACACAAACAUCAUGAAGAGACUGGGGAUUGGUGCCGUAUUUCUCUUCUUUUGUGUAGAAGCAGCUCUGUCGUUCAAUCCUUGCCUACCAGGUCAAGUGCACAUAGCUUAUGGAGAUGAUGUGUCAAAAAUGAUAAUUUCUUGGAGUACUGUCAAUGACAGCGAUUCCAUUGUGCAGUAUGGAUUAUCCGUGAAAGCCCUGACAUUGUCACAGCAAGGUAGCAGCACAAAGUUUGUGGAUGGUGGAUCUGAAAAAAGAGUUCAGUAUAUCCAUAGAGUGGAUUUAAAAGAUUUGUUGCCUAACACAAUAUACUAUUAUAUAGUUGGCAGUCAGCUUGGUUGGUCAGCAACUUUCCAUUUUAAGACCAUGCCAGCAGGUGAAGACUGGGCUCCGAGCCUUGCCAUAUUUGGUGAUCUUGGAAGCUCAAAUGCUCAGUCUCUUCCUCGCUUAGUUAUGGAUACAUCCCAAGGAUUGUAUGAUGCAAUAAUUCAUGUUGGUGAUUUUGCUUAUGAUCUUGCUAGUAAUAAUGGCAGAGUAGGGGACACAUUCAUGGAUCAAAUAGAGCCACUAGCAUCAAGUGUUCCUUAUAUGACCUGCGUUGGGAAUCAUGAGAAUGCCUACAACUUCUCCAACUACAGAUAUAUUUUCAAUAUGCCAAAUGACAACAAGAAAAUGUAUUACAGUUUCAACAUGGGUCCAGUGCACUUUGUGUCAGUGUCAACUGAAUUUUUUUAUUUUCCUUAUGAUGGAGUUCAGCAGAUAUUUGACCAGUAUGACUGGCUAGUGAAUGACUUAAAAGAAGCCAACAAACCAGAAAACAGAAUAAAGAGACCAUGGAUCAUAGCAUUCGGUCACCGUCCAAUGUAUUGCUCUAACAAUGAUAAUGAUGACUGUACUAGUCAUGAAAGCUUGGUUCGUGUUGGUGUUCCAAAACUGAAGAUUAAAGGAUUUGAAGAUAUAUUCCAUGAAACAGGUGUCGAUGUGGCAAUCUGGGCACAUGAACAUUCUUAUGAAAGACUUUGGCCAAUGUAUAAUUUUAAGGUAAUGAAUGGCAGCUAUGAUCACCCCUACACCAACCCAGGGGCUGUUACUCAAAUCAUUACUGGAUCUGCUGGCUGCAGUGAGCGCCAUGAAUACUUUGUAAAAAAUCCACCAGCAUGGUCUGCUGUCCGCAAUAGUGAUUAUGGGUUCACCCGCAUGAAGGUCUUUAACAAAACUCACAUUUAUUUUGAGCAGAUUUCGGAUGACAUGAAUGGCAAAAUUGUAGACCAGUUUACGCUCAUCAAAACAUCACAUGGCUCUUAUCUGAAAGACAAUCAAUAAACAUUUUAUGUUUGUUUUCUAGUCUUUCAUUUGUUUUAAGCAUGAUUUUCAUUAUAAAGUGUAAUUUGUUAUAAAAUAAAAACAAGUCUUGUAUAAAACAAACAUUCCAUUUUGUACCUUUUAAUAUUAUUUGCAUAGCAAUUGAAGAAGUUAAUAUGAAAUUUUUUAAUUAUUUCAAUUUUCAAUAAACACCUUUAAGACUU